UUUUUUUUUUUUUUAGGUUAGGGAAGUUUUCUUCUAUGAUUUUGUUGAAGAUAUUUACUGGUCCUUUGAGCUGGGAGUCUUCACUCUCUUCUAUACCUAUUAUCCUUAGGUUUGAUCUUCUCAUUGAGUCCUGGAUUUCCUGUAUGUUUUGGACGAGUACCUUUUUCCGCUUUACAUUAUCUUUGACAGUUGAGUCAAUGAUUUCUAUGGAAUCUUCUGCUCCUGAGAUUCUCUCUUUCAUCUUUUGUAUUCUGUUGGUGAAGCUCGUAUCUAUAGCUCCUUGUCUCUUCUUUUGGUUUUCUAUAUCCAGGGUUGUUUCCAUGUGUUCUUUCUUGAUUGCUUCUAUUUCCAUUUUUAAUUCCUUCAACUGUUUGAUUGUGUUUUCCUGGAAUUCUUUCAGGGAUUUUUGCGAUUCCUCUCUGUAGGCUUCUACUUGUUCUCUAAGGGAGUUCUUCACGUCUUACUUGAAGUCCUCCAGCAUCAUGAUCAAAUAUGAUUUUGAAACUAGAUCUUGCUUUUCUGGUGUGUUUGGAUAUUCCGUGUUUGCUUUUGUGGGAGAAUUGGGCUCCGAUGAUGCCAUGUAGUCUUGGUUUCUAUUGCUUGGGUUCCUGCGCUUGCCUCUCCCCAUCAGAUUAUCUCUAGUGUUACUUUGUUCUGCUAUAUCUGACAGUGGCUAGACUGUCCUAAAAGCCUGUGUUUCAGGAGUGCUGUAGACCUGUUUUCCUGUUUUCUUUCAGCCAGUUAUGGGGACAGAGUGUUCUGCUUUCGGGCGUGUAGUUUUUUCCUCUCUACAGGUCUUCAGCUGUUCCUGUGGGCUUGUGUCUGGAGUUCACCAGGCAGGUCACUUGCAGCAGAAAUGUUGGUCUUACCUGUGGUCCCGAGGCUCAAGUUUGCUUGUGGGGUGUUUUCCUCUGGUGUCAGAGAUGUGUGCAGAGUGUAGUCUCUUCUGGUUUCCCAGGCGUGUCUGCCUCUCUGAAGGUUUAGCUCUCCCUCCCACGGGAUUUGGGUGCAGAGAACGGUUUAUCCGGUAGGUCCCUUCAAAUUAUGUAGGUGUCUCAGGCGCAGCGGUCCUGCCGCUCUAGGGCCCUCCUCUACGGGAACCCAGAGGCCUUAUACAGUUUCCUCUUGGGUCGGGGAUGUGGGCAGGGGUGGGCAGUGUUGGUGGUCUCUUCCGCUCUGCAGCCUCAGGAGUGCCCACCUGACCAGGCGGUGAGGUCUCUUUCCCACAGGGUUUGGGAGCCCACCACACUCUCUCUUAAACUCAAUUAAAUCACCACAUGAAAGAACACACAACACAAUAACCUCUGAUCCAGUUGAUAAGAUAUAAUUGCCCACCUAGAGAAGAUAUAUUUUGUUCAUCUAGACACACAAAAUCCUGUACACAUCCACCCCUUAAGAAUAUUCAUAACAACCUGUAAGUGUGCAGAGAGAAAUCUUAACAUCUGCCUCCAUGUUCUCCUUCUCCCCUCUAGUCUCCUCCUCUAAAACUUUUCUCCCGCUCAUCCUUCCUUCUCAUCCAAUGACAGGCCUCGUUCUAUCCUGUACCUGCCUUCACCUGCAUAAUGACAUUAACCUACACAGUAUAGUUAGAGAGGUAGACGGCCUCCAAGACCACCAGUCUCUAAGCUACAACAGUCAAAAAGAAAGCUACAACUAGUCCAAAUGCAGAGAACAACUGCCCUUGGGUAUCCAGUCCCAAAGGCCAUAUCUGCACCUCAGCCACUAUACCUACUGUUCAGGAAACAUCUCAGAAGAGGGGCCAUGGGGAGUAAAAAGACCGUAAGAGCCAGAGGACCAGGAAGUUUUCAGAACACCAUCUUCUAGUUGUUGCCAGAAAGUUCCACCUACAAAAUCUCAACAAUAUGGCAGCCUUAACAAGACCUGAACAACCGCCAACACCAGCUGACUUGCCCACAUGGGUGAAAUCUCCCAGGGGUCCCACAUCUAGAUGAAGAGUAAAUAAUAACAGAGGAGAAAUUAGCCUUCCCAAGGAUAGCCCCCCCCAACUAGUUAUCCAGUACCAAGUGAUCAGUCCUAAAAGCAUAUACAUACAAGCACAUAUAUGUAUAGCUAUAUCUAUAUAUUAUAUGCAUAUAUAAUAAGUAUAUAAACAAUUAUAGUAAUUAAAGAAAAACAUAAAUUUAAAGGUGAUCAGGUCUGUGGGGAGGGAGGAGAUUUGGAAUGAUAUUUUAAAUAAAAAAUACAAUUUUUACGAUUUUUGUUAAAAAUUAUCUCUGGAGUUAUGGGUUGUUGUGAACCACUCUGGAUGUGGGUGUUGGGAACUGAAUUCAGAUCCUUUGGAAGAGUAGGAAGUGCUCUUAAGUGCUGGGCUAUGUUUCUGACCUUCAUGGCUUCAUUUUAAGCCAUGCCUGGUACACUUUAAAAAUUUCAUUGGGGACUGAGGAGAUGGUUCACUGUGUAAGUGCUUUAGAUCUCUUCUGGAUCUCUCAAACCCACAUAAAAAAAGCAGGUCUGGGUAAGGCUGUACAAGCCUGUAAUUACAACUGGAAAGUCUGAAACAGGAAGAUGAAGCUUCAUUGCUUGCUGGCCAGGGUAGCCAGUGAACUCCAGGUCCAAGGAGAGACUCUCAAACUUUUGGAGGGCCACAGAAAAAGACAACCUCUGAACCGUAAGCGCGCGCACACACACUCUAGUUAAAAAUUCAUUACAACGGACAACUCAGAUUUUCCAGGUUCCACUCUUUACUUAACUCUUUGAUCCUCCCAGUUCUCCUCUCUUCACAGUUUGUGUGGGCUUGAUAAGAAGCAGAACCAAAUUCCCUGGGAUCCGCCCACAUCUGACUGCGGGGUUCAGAUGGCCCUGCUUCCCCCACCUCGCCCACUCCGGUUCUAGGUUCGCCCCUCUCUGUUUAAGUCCUUCACCCAGCUCCCCUGCUGUCCCGAACCAAAAAAACUUCAAGGGUCCUUCUUUCUAUAAAAACCACUGAACACAGACUGAUAUACAUAGCUGCACCAGAACGAGAGCCUCAGGCAACCACCUCAGCGCGCUGGACUCUGACGUCACACAGGCGCCGGAAGCGAGGGACAUGCUAAGACGUCAUCUUGCUGCGCAAAACGAGCGGUUGUUGACAGGCCGCAGAGGCGGCUGAAGGUGAGCUGAGUGUAUCCUAUCAUGCCUGACUGGGCGAGUUGUCCUGGGCCGAGGCCUCUGGGCUGGGGAUGAAAGAAACGGAUCCGAUGCAGAGUCUGGAGGGCUCCGGGGCCGAGAGGUCAGUCGGCACGCAGACGGGCAGCAUGACGGGUCAAAUACCAAGGCUUUCUAAAGUGAACCUUUUUACUCUGCUCAGUCUCUGGAUGGAGCUCUUCCCGGGAGUAGAAGCCCAAGGGCAAAAAUCUCAGAAAACUGAAGAGGAAACCCGUGGUCCCUUAGGAGAUAAUGAAGACCUGGCCAGAGUAUCUACUGACAAAAAACAGGUUAAGAAAACUGGUCUUGUGGUGGUAAAAAACAUGAAGAUCAUUGGUCUGCACUGUUCCAGUGAAGACUUGCAUACUGGGCAAAUUGCUCUUAUUAAGCAUGGGUCCAGGCUGAAAAACUGUGAUCUUUAUUUUUCAAGAAAACCGUGUUCUGCUUGUUUGAAAAUGAUAGUGAAUGCUGGAGUUAACCGAAUUUCUUACUGGCCUUCUGACCCAGAAAUAAGUUUGCUCACUGAGGCUUCUAGUUCUGAAGAUGCAAAGCUAGAUGCCAAAGCAGCAGAACGAUUGAAGUCAAACAGCCGGGCCCACGUGUGCGUCCUCCUCCAGCCGCUGGUGUGUUACAUGGUGCAGUUUGUAGAGGAAACUUCUUACAAAUGUGACUUUAUUCAAAAAACUGCAAAAGCAUUGCCGGGUGCUGACACUGAUUUUUAUUCUGAAUGUAAACAAGAAAGAAUAAAAGAAUAUGAAAUGUUAUUUUUGGUUUCAAAUGAAGAGAUGCAUAAGCAGAUACUGAUGACUAUAGGUCUGGAGAACCUGUGUGAAAACCCCUAUUUUAGCAAUCUAAGGCAAAACAUGAAAGACCUGAUCCUACUUUUGGCCACAGUAGCUUCCAGUGUGCCCAACUUGAAACACUUCGGAUUCUACUGUAGCAACCCAGAACAGAUUAAUGAAAUUCACAAUCAGAGUUUGCCACAGGAAGUUGCAAGGCAUUGCAUGGUGCAGGCCAGGUUAUUGGCUUAUCGAACUGAGGAUCAUAAAACAGGAGUCGGAGCUGUCAUUUGGGCAGAAGCGAAAUCUAGAAGCUGCGAUGGAACUGGAGCUAUGUACUUCGUAGGAUGCGGGUACAAUGCCUUUCCCGUUGGCUCCGAGUAUGCUGACUUCCCGCACAUGGAUGACAAGCAUAAGGACAGAGAAAUACGGAAGUUCAGAUACAUCAUACAUGCGGAGCAGAAUGCUUUGACAUUUAGAUGUCAAGAUAUAAAACCGGAAGAACGCAGCAUGAUUUUUGUGACGAAAUGCCCUUGUGAUGAAUGUGUACCUUUAAUCAAGGGUGCAGGCAUAAAGCAGAUCUAUGCUGGCGAUGUAGACGUUGGGAAGAAGAAAGCAGACAUCUCCUACAUGAAGUUUGGGGAGCUUGAGGGCGUCCACAAAUUCACAUGGCAGUUGAAUCCGUCUGAAGCUUAUAGUCUUGACCCAGAUGAGCCUGAAAGGAGAGAAAAGCCCACUGAGAGGGUGCAAAGGCAAGCCAUGGAGCGGAAGACAUGUGCCACUUAAAUCAGCCCAGGGCCUGAGUCCGGGGUCUCAGGAGGAGAAAGACACGCCCACAGGUGAAUGCAGAGUGGAAGGCGAGGACAAGGAAGACUGCUGGGGUGUCAGGCAGCGUCUCAGCCGCCCGUCAAGUGUGUGCCUCUUGGUGACAGUUCCUUAAGUUCAGCUUAUGUUUUGAUGCAUUUUUAAACACGAAUUUUAUAUCAAUAAAUAAUAUGGUUUUCUCCUUUUCAAUUAUG